AUGUCGGCGCCCACCGCGACGUCUCCAUGCGCUGAGCGAGCCCUCUCCUGCCCCACUACAACCAGUCUCCCGCCCUUCCAGCCCGUGCGCGUGCCCGCCCCUCUGACUACGUAUGCCUCCCUUCCCUUCGCUCCCCCUCCUUCCCUCACCCUCUCCUCUCUCUACCUCCCCCACUCCACCCUUCGAGCGAUGACCAAGAGAGGGUGGGGCGCGACGAGGAGGAGGGUGGGUGCUUUCGAGGAGGAGGUGGGGCAAGGAGGAGGGCGGCGGCAGGCGAAGCGGGCGCACGUGUUGAGGAGGAGGAGGAGUGUGCGCGUGUUGAAGAGGAGGUGGGUGCGCGUCAAGGAGGGGGGGAUGGAGGAGUGCAAGUCGAGGAGCUCGCACGACGUCGGGGGCACCUCGCACGACAUCGACAGCAGCUCCAACGACGUCGGGGACAACUCGCACGACGUCGAGCUGAACGCCGAAGACGACGAGUACGGCUAA